CCCGCCUCUAUCAAAAUUAUUCGCCAUCUUGUCAACAACACCGGACGACGAUUGUUAUUGACUUGCCACAUACCACCAUUAGGUUACGCGUCCCAUCUACGCGCGCGUUCAUCAGCACCAUUUAUUCCGAGUGACACCUGUUGCCCGCUAUGAGCAGGUAGUCCACAAUCAACGUCGAAGGCCUUACCGGAACCUACCAUUCCUCGACCAGCAACCCAUAUUCAGAAGAUUCGACAAUAGAAUAGACAUGGCAGUUGAAAAGCGAGUGCGCCGACGCAAGGAGCAGCUGGUUGACCAGCUCCCUAAGCGCUUCAAGGCGCUCAAGUUCGGCAUCCAAUCUCAUCAGGAUAUCGUGAGCCAAGGCGUCCUCGAGGUCUCUGACAACUUGCUCUACGAUGUCGAAAAUCGACGAACGCCCUUCCCACAUGGACCCCUCGAUCCACGCCUGGGAACGUCGAGCACAAACCGAGAGAGCAAGUGUAGCACAUGCCAGCUUGGUCUUAAGGAGUGUCCCGGUCAUUUUGGCUACGUCCGACUGCCGCUCCCGGUCUUCCACAUCGGCUACCUGAAAUAUAUCCAGACGACGCUGCAAAAUAUUUGCAAGGACUGCGCGAAAGUCCUUCUCCAGGAGCCUGAACGGCGCCAAUUCCUGAAGGAACUGCGUCGCCCCGGCAUCGACAAUCUAAGGCGGACGGCGAUUCUCAAGAAGAUCAAUGAGCAGUGUAGGAAGGCUAGGACCUGUCCGUACUGUGGCUCGAUACAAGGCGUAAUACGGAAGUUGAGCGUUAUGAAGCUCGUACACGACAAGUUCGCGGCCUACAACAAAUCGACGGCACAGAAAAAGAUUCCGCCCGAAGCCAAGGUUGAAUUCGAUGCCUCGUUCGAACAAGCCAAAAAAUAUACACCUGAACUGGAGAAGCAUACGCGCAAGGCGAUGGACGAUCUGAACCCCCUGAAAGUCCUGAAUCUCUUCAAGAUGAUCGAACCCGCGGACUGCGAGCUUCUGGGGUUAGAUCCUGCCGAAGGACGACCCGAGAUGUUCCUCUGGAGAUACGUCCCAGCGCCGCCGAUCGCCAUCAGGCCGUCGGUUGCCCAGGAGAAUGCGAGUAAUGAAGAUGACAUCACAAGCAAGUUGUCAGAAAUCAUUCUCUACGCCGGUCAUCUGCGCGAAUCGCUCAAGAAGGGGGUUGCACUACCUGUGAUUAUGGAACAAUGGGAGUUCCUGCAGUUGCAGGUGGGCAUGUAUGUUAACAGCGAUGUCCCGGGCCUGUAUCAACCUGGGUUUGGAAAGCCUAUUCGUGGGUUCUGCCAGCGUCUCAAGGGAAAGCAGGGUCGGUUUCGUGGCAAUCUCUCGGGAAAGCGUGUCGACUUCUCCGGGAGAACAGUCAUCUCCCCUGAUCCCAACCUCAGCAUCGAGCAGGUGGCAGUCCCGCAGCUGGUGGCCAAGAACCUGACGUAUCCCGAACGAGUGAACCACGCGAACAUUGAGAAGCUCCGGGAACGUGUGAUCAACGGACCCAACAUCUGGCCCGGUGCUCAGGGCAUCGUCAAGAAAGACGGCGCAAAGUAUGACCUCAAAAUCGGCACAGAAUCGCUCCGGGAGAGGCACGCUAGCAGUCUAGAGUUUGGAGAUGUUGUCGAACGCCACCUGGAGGAUAACGAUAUUGUCCUCUUCAACCGACAGCCGUCUCUGCAUAAGCUCAGUAUCAUGAGUCAUCUCGUCAAGGUUCGGCCCUGGAGGACUUUCCGUCUCAACGAAUGUGUCUGUACGCCGUACAACGCCGAUUUCGACGGAGACGAGAUGAAUUUGCACGUCCCGCAGACAGAGGAGGCUCGAGCAGAGGCCAUUAACCUGAUGGGCGUAAAGCACAACUUGAUCACCCCUAAGAAUGGCGAGCCCAUCAUUGCCGCUACGCAAGACUUUAUCACUGCGGCCUUUCUGCUCAGUAGCAAGGACAGAUUUUUCGACCGGACGGCUUUUACCUACAUCUGCACUCAGAUGCUUCUGGGAGACACAUAUCUUGAGCUCCCUCCGCCCGCCAUUAUCAAGCCUAGGGCACUCUGGACGGGCAAGCAGAUCUUCAACGUCCUCAUGCGGCCUAAUAAAGAAUCCCCUGUCCUGGUGAACCUGGACGCGAAGAACAAGGUUUUCAAGAAGAAGAACGAUGGCCAGAUUCCCGACAUGGACAUUGACGACGCCUUCCUAGUCGUUCGGAAUUCCGAAGUCAUGUGCGGCAGGAUGGACAAGUCAACAGUCGGAGGCGGCAAAAAGAACUCGGUCUUUUACGUGAUUCUUCGGGAUUUUGGACCGGAUUAUGCUGCUGCUGCUAUGAACCGCCUGGCCAAGCUCUGCGCUAGAACACUGACACUCCGUGGGUUCUCGAUCGGUGUCGGCGAUGUGUGGCCGUCGGGAGCCUUGACAGAGUACAAGUCGAGGCUCGUGGAAGAUGCCUACAAAAGGUGCGACGAACUCAUCGAGACCUACAGGCAAGGGAAGCUGGAAAAGGCUCCCGGCUGCAACCUGGAGGAGACUCUCGAGAACACCAUCUCCGGUGUGCUGAGCGCAGUCAGACAGCAGGCGGGUGAUUAUUGCGUCGGAAAUUUGAGCAAGAACAAUGCUCCACUAAUCAUGGCCAAAUCCGGUUCUAAGGGGUCUGAUAUCAACGUGGCCCAGAUGGUUGCCUGCGUCGGACAGCAGAUUAUCGGCGGCAAGCGUGUGCCGGAUGGAUUCCAGGACCGCAGUCUGCCGCACUUCCACAAGAACGCACGCCAGCCGCCGUCAAAAGGUUUCGUCAGGAACAGUUUCUACACCGGCCUGGUCCCAACUGAGUUCCUCUUCCACGCGAUUUCCGGCAGAGAAGGCUUGGUCGAUACAGCCGUCAAGACAGCCGAGACCGGCUACAUGUCCAGACGACUUAUGAAAUCUUUAGAAGAUCUCUCAACUCAGUAUGACGACACGGUCCGCACGUCCGAGGGCGGAAUCGUGCAGUUCCAGUACGGCGCUGACAGACUCGAUCCUGUCGACAUGGAAGGCGAUGCAAAACCCGUCGAUUUUGCCAGAACGUGGAAUCACGCGCAGAGCGUCACUUGGAGCAAUUCCGAAGUGUCGUUGUUGCCAUCGGAAAUUCAAGAAUUGUGCAAGACGAUCUUGGACGAGGAAAGGAGAAAGUAUGUCAGGAGGCAUCUUGUUACAAACGAGGAGAUCAAGUACGACGACGAGACGAUCCGUAAGAGUAUGGAUCAUGACGUCCUGAUCGCCAUUGAUGAGCACGAGAGCGCCCGAGUCUACCUCAACACGAUCAGGGACUACGUCAGAGAGCAUGCCAUGAAGCUAGCCAAGGCACGCAAGGCGGUCGGUCUGGAUCCAUGCCUACCACCCGGCGACGAGGCGAUGAAGAAAGAACUCGACCGAUGGGAGCCGGUACGAUCAACAGACAAUUCGGAAAUGGAGCUCGACAGUUUUGGCGAGCCGCACAAGCCGUUUGAGUAUGUUCUGAAGGAUCUGCGCCGAGAGCUCGACCAAGAGAGCGAGCUGGAUGAGGCGGCUCGGGAGGCGAGGAUACGGGCCAAGGCCCAAGGCCAUGUUGACCGCGUUGCAAAGGUCUCGGAGCGCACACUGCGGCAGUUUAUCCAGAUGUGUCUCCACAAGUACAGGAAGGCACGCGUCGAGCCGGGGCAUGCUGUUGGCGCCGUCGGUGCGCAGUCUAUCGGCGAGCCUGGUACGCAGAUGACGCUCAAGACAUUCCAUUUUGCUGGUGUCGCAGGCAUGAGUAUUACGCAGGGUGUGCCCCGUAUCAAGGAAAUCAUCAACGCGUCCAAACUCAUCAGCACGCCUGUCAUUACCUGCGAGUUGGAGAACAAGGUGGAUCUCAAGGCGGCGCGCGUGGUCAAGGGGAGGAUCGAGAAGACCUACAUUUCGGAUGUCAUAUCGUACAUUGACGAUGAGUGGCUCCCGGAUGUGGCCAAAAUCGUGCUGCAGGUGGAUCUGCAGGCGCUCUCCGACAUGCAGCUCGGCAUCUCCAUGAAGGACAUCGCGGACGCCAUCGUGCGGGCGAAGAAGCUCAAGCUUAAGGUGGAGCCGGACGACCUGCGGAUCGGACACGAUCGCGUCGAGGUCAUUGUGCGCAACACAUGGCAGGACGUGACGGCCGCAAGAAAAGCCGCGCGUGUCCGGGCGGCCGCGAUCGAAAAGGGCCAGCUCGUAUCCAGCGCCAUGAACGAAUCGGCCGCGGACUUCCAGCUGCGGGUCAACUUUCUCAAGCGGAUGCUCCCACAAGUCUCCAUCUCGGGCUAUCCGGAAGCUGCGCGAGCCAUCAUCCAAACGGACGACAAGACCAGCCAGCACAAAGUCUUGGUUGAAGGAUACGGCCUGCGGGCGUGCAUGACGACGGAGGGCGUGGUCGGCACCAAGUGCGUGACCAAUUCGGUCAUGGAGUGCCGCGACGUGCUGGGCAUCGAGGCGGCGCGCACGACCAUCGCCACAGAAAUCGGCUCUGUCAUGGGCGACAUGAACAUCGACCCGCGCCACAUGGAGCUGCUGGCUGACGUGAUGACGUACAAGGGCGAGAUCCUGGGCAUCACACGCUUCGGGCUAGCCAAGAUGCGCGACAGUGUCUUGCAGCUUGCGUCAUUCGAGAAGACGCCCGACCAUCUGUUUGACGCGGCCGCGGGGAUGAAGAAGGACCGCAUCCAGGGCGUGAGCGAGUGCAUUAUCAUGGGCCAGACCAUGUCGAUCGGUACCGGGGCGUUCCAGGUUGUCAGGAGGCUCGGAAUUCGGGAUCAUCAGGUCGUGCCGAAGCCGACGUUGUUUGAGGAUGCGUGGAAGAAAGAUGAGGCGGUCAAGCGAAGGACGAGGAUGGAGAAGCGCAGGAAUGGGGUUGUUGAGGGAGGGAUCGAAUUGUCGGCCAUGGUGGCCGUGGCUGGGUAAACCGGUGUGCCGGUGUGUUUUUAGGUUUGCUAGGAAGGGAGGAGCGUCAGUUAACUACAAUAUUUGCGUUCAUGUUUCGGCAACUUAGUAUCUGUGGUGGUAAAUUGGCUGUCAAUUCAGCAAGUACGGAUAGCUCACUUGAGAGUUGAGACCAAAGAGGGAAUUUGAGGCUAAUAGUAGUUAAUAGAAGACCACGUGAUCUGGCGACCCUAUUACGCGACUUGAGCUCCGCAAAUCGCGAUCCCAAACCAUUGCAUCAACGUCAUCGGGA